CAGGUUAUGUCAGACAGUAGCCUACUUCCUUAUUGGAAGUGAGAAAGUACCUCUUAUUUUAGGACAGUAAGCAACGUUUUCAGAAAAGAUACGGCGUAACUACUCUUUAAAGUCCAAAAAUGUCCAAACCGCCUCCCAAGCCAGCCAAACCAGGCCAGGUCAAGGUGUUCCGAGCCAUGUUCACCUUUGACCCCCGAACGCCAGAUGAGCUCUUCUUUGAAGAGGGAGACAUCUUGUAUAUCUCUGAUACGAGUGACAGCAAUUGGUGGAAGGGAACCUGCAGGGGAAGAACUGGCCUCAUCCCAAGCAAUUAUGUGGCCGAGCAGGCAGAGUCCAUUGACAACCCAAUGCACGAGGCAGCUAAACGAGGGAAUCUGAGUUGGCUAAGGGAGUGUCUGGAGAACAAAGUGGGAAUUAAUGGACUGGACAAAGCUGGGAAUACUGCCCUCUACUGGGGAUGCCACGGAGGACACAAAGAUGUGGUGGAGAUCUUGCUGGGGCAGUCUAGCGUUGAGUUGAACCAGCAGAAUAAACUGGGAGACACUGCGCUGCAUGCUGCCGCCUGGAAGGGAUACUCAGACAUAGUGGAGAUGUUACUGAAUAAGAAUGCCAGGAUGGAUAUUAAGAACAACGAGAAGAAGCUGGCUCUGGAGAUGGCCACCAAUGCCCAGUGUGCCUCUCUCAUCAAGAGGAAACAAGGAGGCAAUAUCACACGUACACACAGCAAUGCCGAUGAAUACCUUGACGACGAAGACUCUGACUGAUUCCCCCCUUUCGGAGUGGUCUAUCUCAGGCCUGUCUCUCAUGUGAUGGGGGGAGUUUGGGGGUUGCAGUGUGGGACAUUAUUAGCUGGGUGGGGAGGGAGAAGGGGUUUUGAUACAUUCACAUUUUUCCAAAUAUUUUCUGAACAUUUGUUCAACAUUAUGAAAAGAAUGGGUAAUAAAAUAUAUAAUUAACAAUGUGAAUGGAACAUGGAAUUUAUAAAACCUUAGGGCUGUGGAGAGGUGAUCGGGUCGAGGAGGGAGAGACGUUGUCUUUAUUAUUAGAUUCUAGUAGAUGAUUGGCUGUUCUAAGGGAACCAAUAGCAUGGGUUCCACUGUCCAUCUCCGGGUGAGUCAGUGAUUGCUGACACCAGAGAGAUUGACAUGCGAUUAUUUCCUACAAAUAUCUCCUGGAUCAAUCAUCUCUACCAUUGAAGGUGGUCUGAACCUACAUCACAAGUGUUGCAGGAAGUGACCUCAUGUUGAGUCUGUAAAAAAUAUAUACAAAAAUCUCUCUGCCACUAGUAAGCACUGGCUGGCACAGAGAUGGCAUGAUACUGGAAAUCAUACUUUCCUUUGCUUUGUGUGUCUGUUAACUUAACUUCAUGCUAAAAGUAACUUCAUAGUCAUUGUCAAAGCAUUUUCUGCAUUGUCAAAUGUGAACCUUCAAAUAACCAAGGGCUGGGUUUUACUGUCGCCAAUCAUUUCAUCUCUCAUGGAAUACUGUAAUAUUAGGAGUGCUGUGCAAAUCAUUUAACCCCAAUAUUAAUAUAUUCUCUUCACUGGUGAUUUGUAAAGUGCCACUGCAUUUUUUCCAUUUCCUUUCUAUCAGUCUUCAUGUACUGUAUGUUGUUCACACUGACCGCUGCUCCACUGAAAAGAUAUGUCACUAAAAGUGCCUUAUGUGAAGCUGAAAAGAUUGAAUUUGUCUACAGGUGUCCAUGUGAUUGUGUCACCUGAUCUGAUGUCUUUCAUAAAGAUGUGUUCAUUGAUCUUUUCUGUCUAACUGCUUUGUCUGCCCUGUCAACUAUCCAAUAAAACUAUUUUAUGUAA